AUUUAGUUUCGGGAAUAGUGCACAUGUGUUACCUUGUAGUCAUGUAGAGCCAUAGCGACUGUUUUAAGAGGUGUUUUCAUCUUCUUUGGAAUCUGUCCGUAUUCAAGAUGCCCCCAACAAUCCAGGAUGGACAAAAGAACAGAGAUCAGGACAGAAGGCAAAGUUCAUUGCGUCAAACAGUAAGCAAGGCUGAUUUUGUUUCCCGGGUUAAAUAUAACAACAAUCUACCAGAUAUUCCUUUUGAUGCCAAGUUCAUUGCUUAUCCUUUUGAAUCAAACAGGACAGCCCACCAUAACAAGAAUGUGUCCUGGCUGAGAAGAACUGAAUACAUUUCAACUGAGUACAACAGAAGUCGCACCAGUAAUGAAAUGGUGGAGACAAAGGUUGGAUUCAAUGUGAAAAAGAAAUUCCAAGGCACAGAUAUUUACAAGGACCGUGAAAGUCAGAUUUCUGCCAUUGAAAGCACAUUUGAUGCUGCUCAGAGACCAAUUCUACGCCAUCCAACAAAGCCUGGUGUAACACCUCUGGAAGUUCUUCCAGUGUUUCCAGAUUUCCAGAUGUGGGCUCAGCCCUGUGCUCAUGUUAUAUUUGAUACUGACCCUACCCCAAGAGGUAGAGGAGGUCCAGCAGAGGAUGAAGAAAUGUCGCAGGCAAUGAUCAGAGGUAUGGUGGAUGCCAGUGGAGAUCAAUUUGUUGCAUAUUUCCUUCCCUCAAAAGAGACAAUCAGGAAACGAAAAAGAGACCAAGAAGGUGAAACAGAAUACAUGGAGGAGGAAGAAUAUGAGUACAAAAUGGCUCGUGAAUACAAUUGGAAUGUAAAGAACAAGGCCACCAAGGGUUAUGAGGAAAACUACUUCUUUGUGUUCCGAGAGGGAGAAGGAGUUUUCUAUGAUGAACUGGUAACAAGAGUUCACCUGAGCAAGAGACGUGCUCGUGGUGGUGCUGGUGGGGUGCAAUCUGCAGUCUCUCAACUAGUGGUGAAACACAGGGAAUUGAAUGAAAAUGAAAAGAAGGCACAGGAAAUGCGUAUGAAUCAGCUGGACACAGCUGUGGCAGAAGAGGAAGAGGAAGAAGAAGAAGAGGGUGAUGAGGACGAUGAAGGUGAAGAAGCUGCUGAAAUUGAAGAAGAGGAUGGAAACCUAGAAAAUGAUAAUGAUGACGAGGAUGAAGAUUUAAAAGAGGAUGAUAAUGAAGCAGAACAAGAGAGCAAUGAUGAAAAAGAUGAGAAAGACAGCAGUGAAGAAGAUGGGUCAAGUCCAGAAGAGUCCAACAGUGAAGAGGAUGAAGAUGAUGUUGAGUGAUGAAGUUCAACACUUCUUUUGAAACAUGUCUCAUAAAAACUGCAGAAAUUUUGAUGAACUGGUAACCAUACACUUGUAGUUUUCUUAACUUAUUUCUUAGUGCCAGUAUCUGGUCAGAAAAGGGUAGCAGUGCAAUGCAUUCUGAACAACUAGCAUUCAACAUGGGUGUUGCUGCUUCUGAUAACUGACUCUUUCCAUCCAGGCAAUGGCAUUUUCUCUAUUUAGCUCUAGUUGCGAAUGAUGCCAAACAGACACAUAGCAAAUAGAUUUCAUGUUGCCGUGCAGGGAGUGUAUCUCUGAUAUUCUUACCAAAAUUUGACGUCUUCUGUAAUUUAUUUCUGUACAGAUCCAAGGCAACAUGAAAUCUAUCUGUUUAUAUGAUAAAAAAAGCAAAAUGUUGUUAAUGAAGAUGUCAUCUAUGCAUCAGUCCUCCAAUAGAUCACAAGUAAACACCAAUCAGAAUGUGUGUGCAAUUCAGCCUUGACCCUUUAACUUCCAGAAGUGAUUAACAUGUAACUUCUCCCUAUAAUACCCAUAUAUUAUCUAGCAAACAGGUAAUGAGAAUACUCAAACGUAUUAGGUUAAAGUUGUUAUCUUGAUCUAACACCAAAUUCUCCCAGCUACUUUACAAAGAAAAUGUUUAGCAGCUAGAGGGGAGAAUUAGAAAUCAGAUCAUAGGAGUUAAACAGUUAAAGAUUGUUUGCUUAUUGGUUUACUAUGGAUAUUUCUCACUAGAGUCUUCAUAAACUUUUCUAAGUUGGUUUGUUUUUAAUAUCAAGCAGAUAUUUACAUGACGGUCAUUACUUUUAAUUUCAUUUUGGCUCCUAGAGCUUCUUUCAAGCAUAGCAAGUCACAAGCACAGCCCAAAUAAAUUGGAGAGUUAUUGUAAUUUGCAGUUUCAUGGUUUUCUCAGUAUUGUACAUUCAUAACAAAAACUCAACCAAACAUACAAAAAAACCUGUCCUUCUGUAUGUAUCCUUGACAGUUAUAAAUAAACAGGACCUUAUCAUG